AUGCAAAAACACAACUCAAAAAUUGAAUUUCAACUACAAGUUCAAAACCAUAGAGAGUUUGAGAAGGAAUUACAUAAAAGCAAGCUAAACGGAACACUACUGAUCGUUGACGUCUUUGCCGAUUGGGUCGGAUCCUGUAAAGUCAUAACUCCCUAUUUUCAAAAAUAUUAUUUGGAGAGUAGUGAGGCCUGUCCGAUGAGUUUUGUGUGCCUCAAUUCCGAUCUCACCGUCCAAAGUGUUCGAGAGGAAAGACUCGAAAAAGCGGUGCAUGCAAAAUCCAUUCUAAGAAGAAAUUCGAGCCAUUCAAUAAUGAGAGCUGGAUCAAAGAAUUCAUUAGAGAGGUCAUCAACAACCAUGUCUAUAGAGGAAAACAAAAACUCCUCAAAUAUUACAAAUGAUUCUUUGAGUCGUGUCUCUGGAGAAGUGUCAACAACGUCCUGGCAAAACAAUUCUCCCAGUAACAGUAGUGCAAGUAACAACUCGCCUCAAAAAUUUCAAACCAAAGACGAUACACAACGAUCUCAAUGGGUCCCUCUAAUUGAGUCACUGAAAGGCAAGUCUCGUCCCACCUUCUUGUUCUACAAGGGAGGAAAUCUUGUUGAGGUCGUGCAAGGAGUUAAUAUUUCUCGCAUCAACCAACUCAUGAAAUCUUUGAUCUCAGAAUACACGCGAGAACAUGCAUCAUCUUCAGUCGCAGUUGUGGAUGUUUCUCCCUCUCCCUCCAAUGACCUUUCUUUUCAGUCAAGCAACGGGGCUGACACGGAUGAUUUCUAA